AUGAGCGAGGAAAAGGUUCGAGUUUCGGGCGAGUCCCCGCGGGCUGCAGACACUCCCAUUCUGCCAACGGUCAAUCCAGCCGUAGAGAAGAAUGAGGCCCAGCAAGCAUCAAAGGGGCUGCUUCCUCCCUGGAUCUAUGUAGUGGUCUGGAUUUCCCUUUCGUCCAGCGUCAUCCUGUUCAACAAAUACAUCUUAUCGUCUCUGAACUUCCAUUACCCCAUCAUCCUCACAUCAUGGCAUCUUGUGUUUGCAACAGUAUGCACCCAACUCAUGGCACGCUUCACAACGCUUUUGGAUGAACGGAAAAAGGUGAAGAUGACUGGCCGAGUAUACCUCCGCGCAAUUGUACCAAUUGGAGCCGCGUUCAGUUUGAGCUUGAUCUGCGGAAAUUUGACCUACUUGUACUUGAGUGUGUCGUUCAUUCAAAUGAUCAAGGCCUUCACCCCCGUUGCAGUUCUGGUUGUUGGUUGGAUUCUACAAGUGGAAAAGGUCGACCUCAGAAAGUUGGGAAAUGUCGCCCUGAUUGUCAUUGGUGUCGCCAUUGCCUCGUUCGGUGAAAUUGAUUUCGUCCUGAUCGGCUUCCUAUACCAGCUGGGAGGAAUUGUUUUCGAGGCAACCAGACUCUGCCUUGUUCAAAAGUUGCUGAAUGGCGAAGAGUUCAAAAUGAACCCCCUGGUUUCUUUGUAUUACUUCGCCCCCGUCUGCGCUGCUAUGAACGUCCUCAUUGCUCUUGUCUGGGAGGUUCCUAAAUGCACGAUGGCCGAGGUCUAUCAAGUCGGUCUCUGGGUUUUCUUGGCCAAUGCAUUUGUUGCAUUUGCACUUAACGUCUCUGUUGUCUUCUUGAUCGGUAGAACUUCUGGCCUCGUCCUUACCCUCUGCGGUGUCCUUAAGGAUAUCAUGCUCGUCGCCUUCUCCAUACUUGUUUGGGGAACCCCAAUGUCCCGCCUCCAGGCCUUUGGUUACAGCGUCGCAAUCAUCGGCAUGCUGUACUACAAGCUUGGUCAAAAGGAACUCAAGCCAUACAUCGCCGAGGCCGGCCGCCGCUGGUCCGAAUUUGGUGCCAAUCGCCCCGUCCUGCGAAAGCUCCUCGUCACCGGUGCCGUCUUCACUACCCUUAUCCUCGUCCUCGGCAGCCUGGCACCAACAUACGCUCCUGAGUACGACCCAAGCUCCUAUCUCAAGAACACGCUUGGCACCUCAUAA